CAUUCCCAAUGGUGGUGUCUUCCCUUUUGUGAUUGAAUCACACAUAAAGAUCUUUAUUUUGAGAGCUGUUGGAUUCAGUUAUGGAAAAAAGUGCCAACAGGAAAGGUAUUCAUGGUUACCAUUAGGAAGCUCUCAAUUGGAAGAACUCCUUCAAGGGCAGGAGGCCGGCGUGGCUGCAGAGAAGUGCUCGGGGUUUGUAAGAAGAUAUAGGAACCAUUUCUCAAGCUGAAGACAAAGUAAAAGAAAACUGUAUCAUGUGUUAAAAUACCGGAGAGUGAAAUUUCUUGGAUUAGUAUAUUUCUGGAUUGCAAAGAAAAGGAAAGAAGAAACUGAAAAUGGGGAGAAAGAAAAUACAGAUCACGAGAAUAAUGGAUGAACGGAACAGACAGGUCACCUUUACGAAGAGGAAGUUCGGAUUAAUGAAGAAGGCGUAUGAGUUGAGUGUACUCUGUGACUGUGAAAUAGCACUCAUCAUUUUUAACAGCUCUAACAAACUCUUUCAGUAUGCCAGCACUGAUAUGGACAAAGUUCUACUUAAAUACACAGAAUACAACGAGCCCCAUGAAAGCAGAACCAACUCAGAUAUCGUUGAGACCUUAAGAAAGAAAGGCCUUAAUGGUUGUGAGAGCCCUGAUGCUGACGAUUACUUUGAGCACAGUCCACUAUCGGAGGACAGAUUCAGCAAACUAAAUGAAGAUAGUGAUUUUAUUUUCAAGCGAGGCCCUGCUCUGAACAAGAAGGAACACAGAGGGUGCGACAGCCCGGACCCUGACACUUCAUAUGUGCUCACGCCACAUACAGAAGAAAAAUAUAAAAAAAUUAAUGAAGAGUUUGAUAAUAUGAUGCGGAAUCAUAAAAUCGCAGUGAGUACUAAACCUGGCUUGCCUGCUCAGAACUUCUCGAUGUCGGUUACGGUUCCAGUGUCCAACCCCAACACUUUAACCUACAGUAACCCAGGGAGUUCCCUCGUAUCCCCAUCACUGGCAGCCAGUUCAUCGUUAACAGACACGACCAUGCUCUCCCCACCUCAGACCACCCUGCACCGGAACGUAUCACCUGGGGCCCCGCAGAGACCACCAAGUACUGGCAAUGCUGGUGGGAUGCUGGGGACAACUGACCUCACAGUGCCAAAUGGAGCUGGUACCAGUCCAGUUGGAAAUGGGUUUGUGAAUUCUCGAGCUUCACCAAGCCUGCUCGGAACUGCUGGUGGUGGGAAUGGCCUAGGCAAGGUCAUGCCUACAAAGUCCCCACCUCCACCUGGAGGAGGUAAUCUCGGAAUGAACAAUCGCAAACCGGACCUCCGUGUUGUCAUCCCACCCUCCAGCAAGGGUAUGAUGCCACCACUGAACACCCAAAGGAUAAGCAGUUCUCAGUCCACGCAGCCUCUUGCUACCCCCGUGGUGUCUGUGACAACUCCCAGCUUGCCGCCGCAGGGACUCGUGUACUCGGCCAUGCCCACUGCCUACAACACUGAUUACUCCUUGACUAGCGCAGACCUGUCUGCCUUGCAGGGCUUUAACUCCCCAGGAAUGCUGUCUUUAGGGCAGGUGUCAGCCUGGCAGCAGCACCAUCUCGGUCCAGCAACCCUCAGCAGUCUCGUUACUGGCAGCCAGCUAUCUCAGGGUUCAAAUUUAUCCAUUAACACCAACCAAAACAUCAACAUAAAAUCUGAACCAAUUUCACCUCCCCGGGACCGCGUAACUCCCUCUGGGUUCCCGCAGCAGCAGCAGCCCCCGCAGCAGCCGCAGCCCCCGCAGGCCCCGCAGCCGCCGCCGCAGCGCCAGGAGAUGGGUCGCUCUCCUGUCGACAGCCUGAGCAGCUCCAGCAGCUCGUACGACGGCAGCGAUCGCGAGGACCCGCGAAGCGAUUUCCACUCGCCCGUGGUGCUGGGACGGCCGCCAAAUUCGGAAGAUAGAGAGAGUCCGUCAGUAAAACGAAUGAGGAUGGACACGUGGGUGACAUAAACUUGCGGUGUUGCCUCUUCAGUUUUGUGUUCUCAAAAUGAACUGUCCUGACAUAUCUAAAUUUAUAAAUAAGGACAUGAAAUAAGUAUAUUUAUAUGUAUAUACAUACGUGCAUAUAUAUAUCUUCACAUGCAUAUAUAUGUGCUAGUGUGUGUAGCAUACACAGAAUCAUCAGGCACUUAUUACAAACUUCUUGUAUAGCUGCAGAUGUCCCAUGGUAAAACGUAACAGAACAAUCCUUUAGGUAUUGAUCUAGUCUGGCACUUACCUGGACUUGUUGUUUUAAUAAUAUAACCUGUUUUGCAAAGAAACAUUGUACCCGUAUUAUAAUCCUACCACACUAGAUUGCAGAAACCAAGAGGGCUCGCCUGUAGUAACGUCCCUGUGUGUUUUAUUAAAGCUGUAUGGUUACUUGUAGUUAAGAAAUAAUGCUUUGUAGCAGCAGAGCGGUAGAAAAGCAGGAAGAAGAAAGCAAUACUGUACAUAAAAUGACCUUUAUAUUACCCCACCUGGCAUGGGUCUCUAUUGCAGAGGGUGCAUGGAGAAGGGCUGAUGCUAGAGAACAUAAAAAAACAAAAACCCUGUUUUGCACGUGCAAAAAAAUAGUGUAUUGGGUCAAAGAAGUGAUUUUUUUAACGAGUGAGAGAGAGACAUAGAGAACUCGCAUGAAAUAUUCAGAAAAUAUUAGCCUAGAAAAUAGAUCAUUAACAAAAUAAAAUUAAUAUAUUAAGUUAUAAUUGGAAUAUGUUUGACAAAUUUGUUUUUACGUUCAUACCUUUGAAAAAUAUAGAAACGGAUUUUAGCUCAUGUAUAUUUUAUAUUAAAGAAAACAAUACCCUAAUGAAUUGAAGACUAUAUAUAAAGUUAUAUACAGUACUUUUGAACACAUUCUGCUAUGAAUUAUUUAUAUAAGCCAAAGCUGUAUGUUGUAGCUUUUUUGUAGAGUAUAGUUUUAUCUUAUUUUGACUUUCUAGUUUUUGCUUUCAAAGAUGAAAAGGAAAAACUUGCAGGCGGAACCUUGGGGGAAAAAUAAGCCAUGAACACUUAUAUGUAAAUUUAAAUUUGAGCCAAACUCUUUGUGUAUAUAGCAUCUUAAAUAUAUUAUCACCUUUGGUGUAAGUACCUAUGUAUUGUACGUUCACCAGAUUAAAAAGUAUAUUUUUGUGGAUUGACGCCGACUUGAAAAAGGCGAGGUCCUUAUUAAGUAGAGUAUUCACUGUUUAAUAUUUACUAUUUUGUUAAAUAUACUGUACUUUCUUUGGAUUUUAAUUAUUAUUAAUAUUAUUAUCCAGAUUUUUCAGAGGGUGUAUAAAGGGGUUGUCCCCCUCACUGGUGGUGAAUGUGUGCCGUUAAAUUGUAAUCUCUGUGCUGUAUGGUUAAGCUUCAUUAUACAUUUUAUAUAUAUGUAUAUAAAUAGCAAAGUGGCAAAAAAAAAAAAUCCGGCGUUAAGUUCAUCCUGCAUAAAUAUAAAAAAUCUGCUACAACACAUUGUAAGGCAUCAUUUUAAAACUGCCUCUUCUGAGGAGGAAAGAAAAAAAAAAAAAAAACAGUGGAAAAAGCUUGACCUAAUUUCUCCUGCUAGGGAAGUAACACAUAUCAGAUGAGCACGAAAGGUUUUCGGAGUGGUGAGUGGUUUGGGGCAAUGCUGCAGCUCCAGGAAGAAACGGGCGCUGCCUCCUCCCUGAGCAGGGCGCUCUGCAGCCGGGCUGGGCAGGGCACGGGCAGCAGCUGCUGGGGAGGCUGAGCCUGAGCAGCAACGAGCGGCAGCAGCCGGGGGCACCCACCUGCAGGGAACCAGCAGCCACUGCUCUGCAGGGCACUCCUGCUUCGUGCACAUCUUGCUCCUGCUGCGUGCAGCUCACCUUCCUGCACCUGUUCUUCUGUGCUGGGAACCACAUUCAGGUGAUACGAACAACUUCACUACUGCUGGUAGUUCUGGGGAAAAAAAAAAAAAAAAAACAGCGCCAUUUUUUUACUGAAACCCUACAAGUAAUCCCUGAUAUGGAUAAAAUAAAAUUUCGCCAGAUUUUUUUUUUUUUUUAAUUAAUUGAUAUUUUAACUAAGGAGCAUGAGAAAUGAACAUCCAAUGCGAUCCAACGGGGACAGCUCCAGCUGCCUGCUGGGCUGCUCGCUGUCCUGUGUGCCUGAAGCACCCAGCAGCCUCACCUGGCCUCCAACCCGUGCUGCUGCUGCCGUGUGUUCCUGGCAGCACCCGCUCCAGCCGCCGAGCUGCGCUGCGCUGCGCCCGCUGCAGUCAGGGCCCGGGCUGCAGGAGCUGGAGGAAAAGGAGAAUUAGUUUAACAGCAGCUCCUCUAUUUCCCAGGUGACCGAAUUCACUUACCACUGCAGAGAACCUUGUAAUGCUUUGAAAAGUUACGUGAUUUUUUUCAUUAUUUAUGCACAUAUAUGAACUUUGCUGUACAUCCGAGUGGGAGUUCUGCAUUCACAUUUACUGUCUAUUUUCUUGUGUGCCUUACGAGAUGGCUUUGCUGACUGUAUCUCAAUAGUCUUUAUUUCUAUGCAGGUUUGUAAACAGUACUAUUACUGUUUUCUUAAAGAAAAAGCUACAUAAGGGUUAGAGUUUGUAUUGAAAUUGCACCUACGAAUUAAAAACCCAAGCGGCGAGUUCCUGGAACCGCUCCCGGACUGUUACGGUGUUGCCCUGUGCCCCGGCCCCUCCCCCGCUCAGCAGGACGCUCUCAGCGUUCUCUCCUCGUGGGAGAAUCUCACGCCACUGAAUAAAUGGGAAUCCUGAUUUUUAAUAACAGGUAACUAACUUUGGAACAUACUUUUUUAGGAAUUGUAAAAAGGUUUUAUAAUAAGAAAAAGACAUAGCACAGAUAUUUCAGCAGUUGAAAAAUACUUUUUUUAACUAAGUAAAUAUAUUGAAGUUUCAAGUGAAUCCAGUCCUAGUUUGAACCCACUGAAGCCCGAGUGACUUCAGAUUUCUACCUUCUAUCGUGACAAAUCACCUCUCCAUCUCUGAGCUCUCACUAUAGUAUCUAAAAAUUCACAUGUAUUUAGAAAUCCCUGGUCAGGGAUUUGUCAGAGAAGAACGCUUCAGCCUUUCCUUUCACUCAAAGGACACUAAUGCAUCAGAAACUUGCGAAUUACUGUGCGCACAAGAAAUACAUAGUAAAUAAGGAACAUAAUAACUCCUAGCAAUCCAUCGUGGGAAGAAGUUAAAUUAGAAUGUGAAAGAAAGACUUCAAUGUAAACGUUUAAAUCAUAGUAGAAACUUUCUUCACUUUGCUGUGCAAGAGAACACUGCUUUGCUAUAUUUAAAAUGGCUUUUUUAAAAGAGAUUUAUGUAUUUGGUAAAUGUUUGUAGUCAACAGUUCACAAAGAAGCUGUUCACGGUUUAAUGCUGAUAAGCCGUUUGGCGGCACAAGCUGGACUUUGUUGCCAUCCUUGAGACGAAUCUUUUAAGAAAAAAAUAAGUUAAUCUCAAUUUUUUCCCUGAAUGUGUUGUUUUUUCUUCAAUAUACAAUAAAUAUUCUAGUGAACUUUUUAUCAAAUGGUUAAGAAAAAUGCUAGAGGUUGUUGUAAAAUAUUUGUAUCCUGCAUUCACUAAAGUAAAGAUACUGGCUUUUACUGUGUA